AUGAUAACCAACAGAGGGAUCGAGGCCAACCCCGAAAAGUGCAAAGCCAUCAUACAAAUGCAGAGCCUGCAAACAGUAAAACAGGUUCAGCGCCUAGUCGGGCGGCUGGUCUCACUGUCCCGCUUUAUCCCCAAGCUCGCGGAGAGAGCGGGACCAAUUUUCACCUUGCUAAAAAAGCCAAAUAACUUUCUAUGGACCAACCAGUGUGAGGAAGCCUUUCAAAGCUUCAGGGAAUUCCUCGCAACCCCGCCAGUCUUACAGAGGCCGGAUCACAGUACCGACCUCCUUCUCUACUUGGCGGUAGCGGAAAGCGCCAUCAGUGUUGUCAUCGUACAAGAGCAUCAGCAGACGCAGACACCCAUUUACUUCAUCAGUCAGGUUCUCCAAGAUGCGGAAAAAAGAUACCAGAUGGUCGAAAAGCUGGCGUUGGCCCUAGUCACCGCAGCCCGGCGACUCCGACCCUACUUCCAGAGCCACCAGGUAGUAGUGAAAAUCGACUAUCCCAUCAAACAAAUCCUACGAAAACCUGAGCUCGCCGGACGUAUGAUUGCAUGGUCAAUAGAACUGUCCGAGUUCAUCAUUCGAUACGAGAGUCGCGGACCCCUGAAGGCCCAAUGCUUAGCCGACUUCGUAGCCGAGCUCACACCGGCCUCUACUGAAACAUCCCAAGCGUGGACCCUGCAUGUUGACGGGUCCUCCAACUCCAAAGGAGGAGGUGCAGGCAUCAUUUUGGAAGGACCAAACCAAGUCACCCUGGAACAAUCCCUCAAGUUCGGAUUUAAAGCAACUAAUAAUCAAGCAGAGUACGAAGCCCUCCUCGCCGGCCUGAGAUUAGCCCGAGACCUUGGGGCUCGAAGGAUCUCAUCUUUCGAUGAGUUCUCAGUAAAACAUGUGCCGCGAGAACAAAAUGCCAGAGCAGACCUCCUGUCAAAACUCGCCAGUACCAAAAAACCCGGUCAACACCGAACCAUCAUCCAGGAAACCCUGCAUUCACCUAGCCUGGAAGACAAAAUUGUGAACGCCAACGACAGCGAAGAGCUGGGAUGGAUGACAGACAUAUGGAGCUACCUACAAGAGGGCACCUUGCCUACAGACACAGAUGAGGCACGAAAGGUGAGAGUACGGUCAGCAAAAUUCAUCAUCAUCAAUGGUGAACUAUUCAAGCGGGGAAUCUCCACUCCGCUACUCAAAUGUUUGACCACGUCGCAAGCAACCUAUGUCAUCAAAGAAAUCCAUCAGGGAAUAUGCGGAAUGCACACCGGGGCUCGCUCAAUGGCAGCCAGGGUGCUCCGAGCCGGGUACUACUGGCCCACCUUAAAAUCAGACUGCAAAAACUACAUCCAGAAAUGUAAGGAGUGUCAGCAAUUUGGCAGCGCACACCGACAGCCCCCCGAAGCCCUCUAUCAGAUGAUGUCAGCAUGGCCUUUCUCCCAAUGGGGAAUGGACAUCCUGGGACCAUUCCCCCCGCGAAAGGCCAACUAA